CCCCGUCUGCCAUUGCCAUUCUCAUGUCUGAGCUCUGAAUCUCCUAGUUCAUACCAGAGAAAUCAAGUUAAAUUACGCAACAAUCUUUAUUGUAGUUUCGUUAGAAAAUUUUCUUGAAGCAGAGAGUUUUCUAGGGAAGAGAAAGAGAGAGACAAUGUUGGGAGUUUUCAGUAGCUCGAUAAUGUCACCACCAGACGAACUGGUGGCGGCGGGGUGCCGGACUCCAUCCCCUAAGAUAUCGGCGUCGGCGCUGGUGAAUCGUUUUCUGGAGACCAAUCCCUCGGCCGUGUCCGUGCGGAUCGGCGACAACGUCCAGUUGGCGUACACUCACCGAAACGAGUCUGCUUUACACCCCAGAUCAUUUGCGGUUAAGGAUGAGAUAUUCUGCUUGUUUGAGGGAGCUCUGGACAAUUUGGGGAGUCUGAGACAGCAGUAUGGGCUGGCUAAGUCUGCAAAUGAGGUUGUUUUAGUGAUUGAAGCCUACAAGGCUCUCCGUGAUCGGGCACCUUACCCUCCCAACCAUGUUGUAGGACACCUCAAUGGAAGCUUUGCUUUCAUUGUUUUUGACAAAUCCAUCUCCACUUUGUUUGUGGCUUCUGAUCAAUUUGGUAAGGUUCCUCUGUAUUGGGGAAUCACUGCCGAUGGAUAUGUUGCCUUCGCUAAUGAUUCUGAGUUGCUCAGAGGUGCUUGUGGCAAGUCUCUUGCAUCUUUCCCUCAAGGUUGUUUCUUUUCUACAGCAGUUGGAGAAUUGAGAAGCUAUGAGAAUCCUAAGAACAAGAUCACUGCAGUUCCCGCUAAAGAAGAAGAGAUCUGGGGUGCUACAUUUAAGGUGGAAGGACCAGCAGUUUUUGCAGGUACAAAGUAGAAGUUGGCUGAGAAUUCUAUAAUUUGUUUUGUUUUUCUAUGGUUAUGAAUAUGUGAAUAAGUUUAAUAGUUGUUAGAAUGGAAAAAUAGAAGCCAAGUUGGUUUAGGCAACUUUGUAUUCUGAGUACUUCAAUUUGCUUCUGUUUUAUCUUUAUUGUACAGCUUGCUUUUCAGUUAAAUAAUGUAAGUGUUGGAGGUUUUAAAUCUCAUUUUUUUUU